AUGGCGUUGAUAGUAGACAAACACAGGCCGAGGUCUCUGGACACGCUCACAUAUCACCAUGAGCUGUCUGAGCGUCUGCGAGCUCUGGCCCAAAGCGGCGACUUUCCCCAUCUUCUAGUGUACGGACCCUCCGGUGCUGGCAAGAAGACCCGUAUCGUAGCAACACUCAAAGAGCUCUAUGGUCCCGGUGUGGAGAAAAUCAAGAUCGAUGCACGGGUGUUCCAGACCUCCAGCAACCGCAAGCUCGAGUUCAACAUAGUAGCCUCAGUGUACCACUUGGAGAUAACGCCUUCCGACGUAGGCAACUAUGACCGGGUGGUGGUGCAAGACCUGCUCAAGGAGGUUGCCCAGACGCAGCAGGUCGACCAGUCGGCGCGCCAGCGCUUCAAGGUCGUCGUCAUCAACGAGGCGGACCACCUGACGCGAGACGCCCAGGCCGCGCUGCGUCGAACGAUGGAGAAGUACAGUCCGAACCUGAGAUUGAUCCUGCUCGCGAACUCGACUGCAAACAUCAUCGCCCCUAUCCGUUCGCGAACGCUGCUGGUCCGGGUGGCAGCCCCGAGCCACGAGGAGAUCUGCGACGUGCUGGCCGCGUCGGCGAAGAAGGAGGGCUGGCCUACCGUCAAGGGCCUACACAAGCGCAUAGCAGAGGAGAGCGGGAGGAAUCUGCGACGAGCUCUGCUGAUGUAUGAGGCCGUCCAUGCACAGAACGAGAAAGUCACAGACACAACGCCCAUCCCCCCACCCGACUGGGAGGCACUCAUCGGGCAGGUCGCCCGCGAGAUGAUGGACGAGCACACACCGGCGCGCAUUCUGCAAGUGCGGGCGAAGCUCUACGAUCUUCUGACACACUGCAUACCGCCGACCACGAUCCUGCGCACACUCACCUUCAAGCUGAUACCGAUGAUUGACGACGCUCUCAAGGCGGACGUCAUCAAGUGGUCGGCCUUCUACGAGCACCGCAUCAAGACAGGGACAAAGGUGAUAUUCCACCUCGAGGCGUUCGUGGCCAAGUUCAUGCGGAUACUGGAGAUGUACCUGAUGAGUAUGGACAUAUAG